GUAAUGCUCCGUUCAGCUGGUUGACGCUAAUUAAACGCAAACAGAAGAAGGAGCGUCCCUUUAUUAUUGUUACCUCAGGAGCGAUGUUAUCCUCGGUGAACAGCGUCUCCGUCUCUGCUGAAAAUGGAAACGAAGCAGGGAUCCUCAGGAGGGACUGUCCACUGAGCGGCUGUAAACGAGCCUACAAAGAUAGCAUUUCGCUCCAGAACCACAUCAAGGAGCACGAAAUCCCGGCCGAGUCUGUGAACGGUAAGGUGCUGCUGUGCUCCACGGUGGGCUGCAGCGCCUCCUUCCCCAGCAUGCAGAAACUGAUGGUGCAUACGAGGCUUCACCACAAACCCAACAUCUACUUCCAGUGUGAGAGCUGCCGCACAAAGUUGCGCUCGUAUCGUAAUCUUUUGGGUCACCUGCACACCUGCUCCAAGGUGCCUCGGGGUAAACCCAAAGCUGCAGAGCCCGCUACUCCGAUGGUCAAGCCUGCUGAGCAGCCGUCCCCUCAGCUGGAGCCCCUAUCUUCACCCCAGUUGACCUCCUUUGAAAGCACAACGCCGGACAGAUGUGUCCCUGCUGCCUUCCUGUCGGGUCCCACUGACCCCCCCAUGCUAGACCCUCCGGUCUUGCCUCUCCAAGAAAUCUCUCCUCCAAAUCACCCCCCCACACAGCUCCGGGAAACGGCCUCUCCAGUCCCGAGUGAAUCUUAUUAUAGCCUUCCUCCCACUCUGAAGCCCGUCACUCCUAAAGCGGUGGUGGAUCCUCCUGAUUUACAGAGUCAAGUCCAGACGCAGACCUGGACCUCGGAGGCCACUCAUCCCGUCUCCCUACCCGCGGUGUCCUCUCACGGGUCCCCAGCCGUCUGGAGGAAAAGUCAGGGUCUGGGCUGCAGCCGGCGUGUUCUCUGGGAGCACACCAGAGGGUGCUACACCUGCGUACAAUGUGGCCACAGAGCAACCAACCGAAAGGAAAUGAGCGAACACAUCAGCAGCAACCACAGCGGGAGCAGAGCAGCUGAGAACAGGACCACCCCGCCCGUCCUUCACGCCGUUUCAGCUCCUCCCAAACGGCCAGAAGAAGCUGGCGGCAGCGACGCUGGAAAGUGAUGGGCUGUUCCACGGCAAUGUUGCUCUGUGAUCCUCUGAUUAAAAAUGUCCUCUUUCAUUCUGGA